GGAGUUUAGGAGUUCACAAUUCAAAGGUGCGAUCCCUCACACUUGAUUCAUGGGAGCCAGAGUUGCUUAAGUUGAUGUGCAAGCUGGGAAAUUGUGUCAUUAAUCAGAUCUAUGAAGCUCGUAGAGAAGAGCUGGGUGGAAAGAAACCUCAGCCUGGAGACCCCAGACAGGAGAUUGAAGCCUUCAUCCGUGCUAAGUAUGUAGAAAAGAGGUUUGUCCUGAAACCUACACCCCAGGAGCAGAAGGAAAAGAUCAUGACGUUUAGAAAACUUGACAAACGUAUAAAGGGAAACAUGGAUUUUCUUCCCCCGCGGCCUCCCCCUCCCACACCCAAACUCCGAACUGCCUCCUGUACCUCAGCUUCCAUUAGUGGUCAGGAGGUACGACGUGAUUCGCUGUUCUGCCCCGAUGAGCUUGAUUCUCUUUUUUCCUACUUUGAUACAUCCUCAAAGUUGCAAAGCUUGAGGAGUAAAGACAGCGGGAUUCAGAACAGUGCAGAUGGGAGCAGAGAGAUGUUGGCCUCUACCCCCUCCAGCUCAAGUGAAACAGAGCUCCAAGAGUCUGAGUCACCCAUGUCCAUGAAUCAGGCAGACCGUCCUACUGCGUUGUCUGAGCUGACUGAUUCCUCUGCUGGUAGUCUACUGUACUGGGCAUCCUGUGCCUGCAGCCUUACAGACAUGGUUCAGGCACUGGCUCAUGGAGCUGAUGUCAACUGGGUCAAUGGGGAAGACAGCAAUCGUACUCCACUAAUACAAGCCGUACAAGGGGGUUCUAUGAUCACAUGUGAGUUCCUACUUCAAAAUGCUGCCAGUGUGGACCAGCAGGACACUCGUGGCAGAGGACCACUGCAUCAUGCCACCAUACUGGGUCAUACUGGUCAAGUAUGUCUGUUCCUAAAACGAGGGGCCAAACAAAACACUGUGGAUGCUGAUAACAGAAGUCCGCUGUCCAUUGCAGUGGAGGCCGCCAAUGCAGAUAUUGUCACUCUGUUACGUUUGGCCAAGAUGAACGAGGAGAUGAGAGAGUCUGAGGGAGCUCUUGGCCAGUCAGGUCAAUACCCUCACCCUCAGAGUCACACCGAGCAACAGUAUAAAAAAUGCAUUCAAGAAUUUAUAACUUUACAAUUACAGGAGUCAUAAACUUUCGCUCUUUAGAUCUUCUGCAGACCACUGAACACUGGUUGCCACAGCUGAUGUGGAUAGGAAUGUUACUAUUGUAGACUGUACAAGCAUCUUUUAUUUUUCAUCUUUUAGUCUUUGUAGCAUCCAAGCCAUAUUUAUUUAUAUUAAAAUGUAGUAAUGUAUUACGUCGCGUCUCCAAGUCACCACGUUCAGCCAAUCACAGAUUGGCGUGUGUAAACACGUGCUAUAGACAACGUAACAUGCCCGUGCAUCAACAUGGCUUUGAGUUCCAUUCAGAAUGGAACCACUGAAAUAAGUUCAUAUACACUCACUGGCCACUUUUUUAGGUACAUCUUUCUAGUACCGGUUUAUACCCCCUUUUGACUUGCCUUUUUGAACUGCCUUAAUUCUUUGUGACAUAAAUUCAACAAGGUGCUGGAACAAUUCUUUAGGAUCCGUAUUGUCAUGAUAGCGUCACACAGUUGCUGUAGAUUUGUCAGCUCCACAUCCAUGAUGCGAAUCUCCCUUUCUACCACAUCCCAAAGCUGCUUUAUCAGAUUGAGAUCUGGAGACUGUGGAGGCCAUUUGAGUUUAGUGAACUCAUUGUCAUGCUCAAGUAACCAGUUUUAGAUAAUUUAAGCUUUGUGGUCCAUGGUUUUAAGUUGUUUAGGCCAAAUUUGUACCCUAACAUCUGAAUGUCACAGCAGAAAUUGAGACUCAGGCAACGUUUUUCCAAUCCUCUAUUGUCUAGUUUUGGUGAGCCUGUGUGAAUUGUAUCCUCAUGUUCAUGUUCUCAGCUGACAGGAAUGACAGCGGUGUGUUUCUUCUGCUGCUGUUGCCCAUCUCCUUCAAGCUUCAACGAGUUGUGCGUUCAGACAUGCUCUUCCGCAGACCUCAGUUGUAGCAAGUGGUUAUUUGAGUUACUGUUACCUUUCUGUCAGCUCAAAUCAGUCUGGCCAUUCACCUCUGAUCUCAUCAAGGCAUUUUCACCCACAGAACUGCCUCUCACUGGAUUUUUUAUCCUUUUCUGCCCAUUCUCUGUAAACCCUAAACAGGUUGUGUGUGAAAAUCCCAGUAGAUCAGCAGUUUCUGAAAUACUCAGACCAGCCCGUCUGGCACCUACUACCAUACUAAGUUCAAAGUCACUUUUCUUCCUCAUUCUGAUGCUCAGUUUGAACUUCAGCAAAUCAUAUUGAUCAUGUCUACAUGCCUAAAUGAAUUGAGUUUCUGCCAUGUGAUUGGCUGAUUAGAUAUUUGUGUUAAUGUGCAGUUCAACAGAUGUACCUAUGUGAGGCCAGUGAGUGAGGGCAGAUUAAAACAUUGAAGAAUACCUUGUAAAAAUCAAGCUAUUGAAGGAAAAAAUCAAGCUAUUGUCUUUAUAUAUGUUUAUUUGAAUAUGAUUUUGGUUCAGAACAUAACAGUAGCUGUGAAGCAUAUAUGAACAUUACAGCUAAAACAGUGUGCAUGUAAACAUGGUAAUUUAUUCACUGUACACAUUGGUUGAGUGCACUUUCAUUUAGUUUAUAUACCUGUCAUUUCUGUUCUGUUCCGAGUGUCUCCACUUGUAUUAUUAUUCAAUGGAUUGGAUUUAAUAUGAAAUGACAAUGUGUCUCAUGUCUUGUGAAUGCUGGUUUAAAAACUACCUCGUGCUAAUACAAAAUAUGUUUUUUAAGAUUUCAAGGAAAGACACUUUUAUCACAAUUUCAGAAAAUUCUGAUUUAUGUGCAAGGUCUUUAAAGAUAAGUUACUCUGCCAGCAUCUGCUACUAUCUGAAAUUAAACUAACCAGCAUCAAAUCCCAGUUGUUUUUCAUGUGUUGUCAAAAUAAUAAUAAUAAUAAUUGCAUCUUUAAUAAUUAUGGGCUCAGUCAGGAACUGAUGCUUACCAUCAGUUGUAGUUUUGUUAUGGUGCAUGUGCUUGAAAG